AUGGAGUAUAAAUCCCUGGAAGGACCUUUUGAUCCCAGAAGUAGAAGGGAAAAGCCCAAAAUCAAAGAGGGAGCUGAUGAUAACCAAGCUAGGAGAGUUGUAAAUCUGCUGAACCCUUCUACUCUUAUUUGGGACGAAGCAAAGCUACAAGAGAGCUAUAGCUCAGACAACGGCAAGAUGGGAACCGCUCGUAGAAGAAUUCAACCAAGUGACUCUGGUAAUUCAGCGAUAGCCUUCAUAGCCAGGGAUGAUAAAGGCGUAGUUCGACUCCUUGCUGCCAAGCUCAUACCACCGGUAAGAGACGACAUAGUUGAACUCAAAGCAAUCGAAUCGGCAACAUCUAUUACGGAGGAAUCGGCUUGGAAAGAUGUUGAUUGGCUUUGCGAUGCUAGCUUUUGUAACUACCUUGCUUCUGUUUUAGUUCAAAUCCUCUCUGAGAAGAGAUCUGCUGUGAAUGCUGAUUCUGUAUCGGAGUUGAGUGAACUUGGAAAUCAAUUAGCCAACAAAAGCCGUUAUCUAAAGUUGAGAUUCAAUAGAUUGGGGGAAACAGUUAGUAGAUAUUUCAAUUCAGUGUUGAAUGGAGUGUUACGUUUACAUGGGACAUUGUUGAGGCAUCCUGAACCUGUGUCAGAUAAUUGUUCGGAUGAUAGAUGGAAAAUAUUUAAGAAUUGUUUGGGAGCAUUAGAUGGAACUUAUAUUAAGGUUAAUGUAUCCGAAAUCGAUAAGCUGAGAUAUCGAACCAGGAAGGGUGAGAUAGCCACAAAUGUCUUAGGUGUAUGUAGCCCAAAUAUGGAAUUUAUAUUUGUAUUACCUGGUUGGGAAGGUUCCGCUUCAGACUCAAGAGAGCCAUUUUUCUGUGUUAGGAGAGAAAUGGCACUUGAUCCUGGAGAAGCUGAGUUUGAUAUGAGUAACGAUGCUGACAUAAGUGGGGAUGAAGAUAUUAUAGGAUCAAUUGGUUCUUCGGAUCAAUGGACUAAUUGGAGAAAUGAGUUAGCUAGGCAAAUGUUUGAUGAGUGGAGAAGUCGUCGUGGUUAA